CUUCUCUUGCGUGAAAGUCGCAGACGUCGCCGUGGUUGACAUUGUUAUUGUUGUUGUAGCCGCGGCUAGGCCAGGCUUUUUUUUGCGGUGUGUGCGGGAAUUUUAACUCAAUUUUAGGCAGGCCAAGCGUCGCGGUGUUCCGCAGAGAUUCUCCGUCGCCGACUUCGAUCGUUCUUGUUGGGAGGCAAUUUAUACGAUGCGUGUGUAGUGCGAGGUGCAUCACCAAGUAGGCGACGUCAUCCUUGUUCGCAGACCGUAACUUCGUGUGAGGAAUAACCCCAAGGGGGCAGUGUGGGGAACGAGGGUUGAUUACCACAAAGUUUUGAAUUUACUGCAAAGCUGUGAGAAGAUUUUGAAAUUUGUGAUUAUCUGCAGUGAUUGUGCGAUGAUGGAAAGAUUUCGCUAACUACAACAGCAACAACAACGGCAGAUGGAUUCGAAUUACCACAAGUCGCGGAAUUUGAAGCAACAACAACAAAAAGAAGAACGGCAGAACGGUCAGCAGUGCGAGAGCUGAACUAAAUUUAAACCCUCUCGCCUCGCAGUUUUUUGUGACAGCAGAAGCCAGAAGCCGUGAUUCAGUGUGCGCUUGUGUUGACGGCGGAAACGUCACCGAAAGCCGUACGCGCGGGAAAACGCGAAUGCGCGGGUGGGGAAAGUGAGCGUGACAGUGACCGGCGGAGGAAGAAAAUAGUUGAAAUCUAUCUAAGAAUAGUCCGUUAUGGGCCACUUCUAGGCAACAUGAAAUUAUAAUAGCGAAAAUAUAUCGCAAUUUCUUCAGGUUUUUUUUUCUGUCGGGCGAAAGCUAAACUCAUCGGCCUGAUCUGCGCACAUCGCUACCAAUCAUCCGAAACCAGCAUCGAAUGAUCAAAAGUGAAAGAGAAUUCCGAAUAUCUCGAGAAGAACAGCAGUGAGACGAAGUUUCGUCGAAGAACCGUCAGGGAGCGCCACCUGUGGCGAGUAAUUGAGUGCUUGGUUCUAUCUUCAUUGUUGAGUGUCCCACGUGGAAUCCAGUAUGGAAUCGGCUAGAUCCGCUCACGAUCAUCGCCCGGUCAACGGAUCCGGCAGCCGUAGUUAGCAGUGUUUCUUCUGGAUGAAUCCUUCACUACUGCGCUACAUCGAAUUCUGCACAACUAGUCUUAACUCACUGGAAGUAACCACAAACUAAACUGACAACCGUGAACCGUGAAUCGUUCUCCGUAAAAACAAUACUUUCGCGCGUCUUCGUGUUCUCUACUGUUGAUCUUUCACUAUUCUGUCGCGUUUCCUCGUCCCGUUCGAUCGAUUGACCGCCCGCUCAUUCUUCCAAUCGGCUCCGUCGCUACCGAGAAACGUCUGCACGACCGGCACACGACUUAGUCGCAGCUCACAAUCCAACUGCCACACCGAGGCUCACCCAACGGGUUCGGAUUCCUUUCGCGAUCGCUUCCGCACCACAUCUUGGCGCCCUGUGCACCGUCUAGCAGCUGUAGAGUAGUUGUUUGACACACUAACCAUCCACCUGCAUUUAAAUUGAACUUGCACAUUGCACGGAACCUUACUCCUCCACUACCUGGUCCUGGCGACUCCCUGGUCCUCGAAUAACCCCCUCUCACUCAACAAUUCGGUGGCUGACUUUGUGGGCUGUGCUUCCAUCUGUAGUAGUUCUAACUCCGUACUCUAACGGCUCCAGUGUUGUGCAUUGCUGUGGUGGUGGUCGAUCGCUUGCGCUAGCUUUAGACUUCAUCUCCUCCAAGGUAGUCUCCAAUUGGCAGAGCACUUCUCCGGCGGCCUGCUCCUCUCUGACAUACUAACCUGCACUAUCCUCGACCCCCUCUCCGCUCACACCCUGCACCAUGGCAACAAGGGGUUUCAGCGUCCGCAACACGUUAGGAUACGGCUUUGGCGUCCUCCUCGUGAUCGCAUUAUCAGCGGCAACAGCGUCAGUAAAUAAUGGUGUCAGCAACGGCACCCCGGCGAAUCAGUCGGACCGUGCGGCUGCUGUACCCGCAGGGCACCACAUCAAGGACGACGAUACGACCUGCGAGGACGGGUUGCUCCUGAAGGUGUGGGAACCGCAGGACAACCUGACCACCGGCGAUCGUUUCGCGCGUGGUAUGGUGUACUUCUUCGCACUGCUUUAUCUGUUCAUCGGUGUGUCGAUCGUCAGUGACCGUUUUAUGGCUGCUAUUGAAGUUAUAACAUCGAAGGAGAAGGAGGUCCGGGUGAAGAAACCGGGCGGCGAAGAGCAAAUCGUCGUCGUCCGCGUUUGGAACGAGACGGUUGCCAAUCUUACACUGAUGGCACUCGGCUCCAGCGCACCUGAGAUUCUGUUGUCAAUCAUUGAAAUUGUAGCUAAAAACUUCAAUGCCGGUGACUUGGGUCCUGGUACCAUCGUCGGUUCCGCUGCCUACAAUCUCUUCGUUAUCAUAGCAAUUUGCGUCCUGGUUAUACCCGACGGGGAGGUACGUAAAAUCAAACAUCUCCGAGUAUUCUUCGUGACAGCGACUUGGUCGGUAUUUGCUUACAUCUGGCUUUACCUCAUCCUAGCACAGAUUACCCCAGGGCGCGUAGAUGUUUGGGAAGGUUUCCUCACGUUUUUGUUUUUCCCCGCAACCGUAGUGACGGCCUACAUCGCUGACCGGAGACUACUGAUCUACAAGUACAUUGGUAAGCAGUACCGCAUGAACAAGCGUGGCGUCAUCGUCCAGGUAGAGGCCGAGUCGGCGCUUGAGAUGAAUAAUCGGGACGAGAAAUUGAAUACUAUCGAUGAGAACGGCGGCAUUACCGAGGAGGUCCGCGAUUUCGAAGAGUCACGUCGCGAGUACAUUUCCACCUUGAAAGAUUUGCGCAAAAAGUAUCCUCAGCAUGAUCUCGAACAGCUUGAGAUAAUGGCCCAAGAACAGUUGAUGAACAAAGGACCCAAGUCGCGUGCAUUCUACCGCAUCCAGGCAACUCGCAAGAUGAUGGGCAGUGGUAACAUUAUGCGAAAGAUCUCCGAACGGGCGCAGUCGGAUCUGAGCGAAGUCAAGGCCGAACUGCAGCGCGUAGACGUCGACGAGCCGAUCGAAGAGGACGCCGUCUGCAAGGUGUUUUUCGAGCCCGGUCACUAUACGGUCAUGGAGUCGGUCGGGACGUUCGAUGUGCGCGUCGUGCGUCGCGGCGAUUUGUCUUCCACGGUUACGGUCGAUUAUGAAACGGAGGACGGUUCGGCUGAGGCCGGUUCGGAUUAUAUCGGCAAGAAGGGUACCCUCACGUUCCCACCCGGUGUCGAUGAGCAGCGCUUCCAGAUCGAGGUUAUCGACGACGAUGUGUUCGAGCAGGAUGAGCACUUCUAUAUCCGGUUGAGCAACGUUUCGGAACCGGCAACACUGUCGACGCCCAAGGUGGCCACCGUUAUGAUUCUGGACGACGAUCACUCGGGUAUCUUUGCGCUGGCCAGCAAGGACCACGAGUUGGUUGAGUCGGUUGGUGUGUACGAGCUCAAGGUGCAACGGUACAGCGGUGCCCGCGGUCGGGUGCGGGUUCCGUACUGGACCGAGGAUGGUACCGGCAAGGCCGGCAAGGAUUACGAGGAGCAACGCGGCGAGCUGAUCUUCGAGAACAACGAAAUAGAAAAAACCAUCCAGCUCGUCAUCAUCGAGGAAGGCAGCUACGAGAAGGAUGUACUGUUCUACGUCAACCUCGGAGAGCCCCAGCAAAUUGGAGACGACGAACUGACAGGCCUGAUCGAGGCGGCGGAAUCGAAAGCCCCCGAGGAGCUUACGGAGGAGGACAAGAUGGCGCUACUCGGCAGGCCCAAGGCCGGUGAUAUUGUCAGGGCACAACUUAGGAUAAAAGAAAGUAAAGAAUUUAAGAACACUGUAGAUAAGCUAGUCCAACGAGCAAAUGCUUCCAUCCUGAUUGGAACCUCAUCAUGGAAGGAGCAGUUCAUCGAAGCGAUCACCGUCAGUGCCGGGGACGACGAAGGCGACAUGGAAGGAGAGGAGGCACCGUCCCCGAGCUGUUCCGACUACAUCAUGCAUUUCCUCACCCUGUUCUGGAAGAUCAUCUUUGCCUUUAUUCCACCAACAGACAUGGCCGGCGGUUACCUGUGCUUCGUGAUUUCCAUCCUGUGCAUCGGCGUCGUGACGGCCAUCAUCGGCGAUGUGGCGUCGCACUUUGGCUGCACGCUCGGCAUCAAGGAUUCAGUCACUGCCAUUAUCUUCGUCGCGCUGGGAACGAGUAUACCGGAUACGUUCGCCAGUAAGGUCGCCGCCAUUCAGGACAAGUAUGCCGAUGCCAGCGUGGGUAACGUCACCGGCAGUAACGCCGUCAACGUGUUCCUCGGUAUCGGCGUGGCCUGGACCAUUGCUGCCGUCUACCAUGCCUUCCACGGGCGGUCGUUCGAUGUGGAUCCCGGAACUUUGGCCUUCUCGGUGACCCUGUUCUGUUCGGAGGCGUUCAUCGCCAUCAUCGUGCUGGUGCUGCGCCGAAAUCCCAAGGUCGGCGGCGGUGAACUCGGCGGUCCGCGGAAACCCAAGUACCUGACCGCGUUCUUCUUCUUCUCGCUGUGGAUCAUCUACCUGGUGAUGAGCAGUUUAGAGGCGUACGGUGUUAUCAAGGGCUUCUAAGGCCUCACUGUUCGAGGAAAUACCAUUACCACUAACACCACAACCACCACCACCAACAACAACGUGUCAUCAUCCAGAGAGCAGCGCAAAUUAUAUUGGCCUAGCCUAAAGCGCGAACCGCAGACACGCUCACACAAACACAUGCAAACACGUUCAUCGAUUCCAGUACAGUUUUUCUUUCCUCUAGUUUUGUUUGGUUAAGUUUGAGUUCCGAACAAAAGUGAAUGUCAACGCCUACUUAGCUAGAUUUCGAACUCGUUGUAGUCAUGGAUACGAACUUAUUUAUUUAUUUUCCGUUAACCGAAGCAGGUCGCUUGGAAACAACUAGGUUCUAAUUGAAGUAAGAGAAAUCCCUUUGAAGCUGCAAUCAAACUGCAAGUGAAAUACAAGACAUUUUAGUUUACACUUACCUGUAUUGUUAGUAAUUUUAAGAGAGCAACAUUAUUUAACAAAACGCGAAAAAUGAAAAGCGAAGCCCAACAAACAUGAAGAUGAAGAAGUAAGAAAAAUGCCAAAUUGUUAAGAAGUAAUGAAAACUAUUAAAUAAUUAUAUUAAUACAAAAAACAACAUCAUAGAGUGUAUAGUGGUAAGCUAAUGUUAAACUAGGAUAUGUAAAAUGAAAAAAGGAAGCAGAAAGCCGAAUGUUUUAAAAACAAAAUCAAAACAAAUGCUAUGAAAUUAAAGAUAAAAAACAAAUCAACAAAAUACAUGACAACUGAAUGGACGAACGUGUGACGGACGUGAUUUUAGAAUGUUGUGUACUUUUCAUUUGUUCAAUCAAGAUUUAUCGACGUUCAAAGCUGCAAAUCCACGUAUUCUAGUCAAUCGUUGAAUUUAUGAGUAUGUAAGCUGUUACUUUCCCGCAAAGUCCGCCAUGGGCGGCGUGUUCAUCCUUAAGUUUUCCCCCUGCAUUCUUGCUCGCUGGAGCCACUGUACAUAUAGAAGAAGAAAAAUGAAAAGAAGUCAAUGUUUGUUUUAAGGUUAAGUUUUCGUGUCUCCUUCGGAACCAUUUUGUUUACCCUUUCGUCGUAGUGUUUGACCUCCGUGUGCGUGACCACUUUUAUAGCGAAGCCAUCUAACGUAACGCGUUACUUUAGUAGAGAGCGAUGAAGACAUAUCUAAGUUAGUCCAGAACGAAAAAUCAAACGGUUCAGAGAAUGUUUCGCCGGAAUCCUAACCUUGAAAUUACGACUAUCAUAAGCUUGGGAGAGGGGGCCGGCUUGGUCCUUUCGCCUGAAGCUAUUAGGUUUUCAAAUAAAUUUAUCUAGAGUUAUAUUUGACGUCUCGCGUAACACACAAACGUCAAAAUCACCGCAAUCGAGGACCAUCAAAACCAAUCGCGAUGAACCGUUUAGAGCGAAACAAUCCUACAACCUUAGACAUCCAAGCACUCUGGCAUUUUUAUCCGUUAUUUGUUUAGGUAACGCCAUAACUACGAAGCACACAAACACCACCAGUAGCAGUUUUGGUUUUAUUGCGGUUUUAUGGACCAAUUUUCGGUUUCAAGUAGGUUGUAAGCCCAUGACAAAACCUGAAAUGUUACCUAGAACACCAAAAGUCAAUCACCACAACACUCAACGCAGAUAAAAGUAGAACACAAUGAAGCAUUCUCAUCGGGGAAACGUCAGAGAGAUUGAGUAAAAGAGAUCAAAGUAGGCGCGAGUUGCGCCACAGUGGUUCGAAUCGAGAAUUAAGCACGAACAAAAAUUUUUCUUCUGUAUUGUUGAUUUCAGACGCAUGGUGCCUUCAGAAAAGUUGUUUUUUAUUGACUUUUACAUCUUCUAAGAACAAUCUCGAUUGGACGAAUGACGAACAACUUCUCGUAUGCCAUGCGUUCAAAAUUAACGAGAAUAGAGGAAAAAAAUUAUUCCUCGAAAAUGACGUUUUGCAUAGUGCAGAGACUGGGCCGCCAGAUGUGGAUUCAAGAUUUCAAAGCUACAGAUAAACAAUAAAUUGUGUUAAAACAUGAAAAUAUAAAAUAUAAUUUGUAAUCAAAUUCCAAAGCCUAAACAGACUGUUUUUAAUUUUCGAAUUAAAUUCUACUCCAAUUAAAAAUGAAACAUAUCUGGCAACUCUGUCAUGCCACUGUCUUUCCCUACAAUCAGAACCACGACGACAUCCACGUUGAACCGGUCCAAACGCCGAAGGUGAACAGUGCGUUAUUUCUUCCAUUUCACGAAGGCAUCAAAAACCACAAAAACCGUGCUAGUGUUAAGAUUUGUUUUAAUCGUUAGAAGUCAGUUUAUUCACAGAAUUUUUGAAGGGCUAACCAGUGCCGAAACAGAAAGGAUACUGUUGAUCAAAAUGGUAAACGUCCACGUCGGGUGUGUGCGAAAACUAAUAGUUUAAGUAUUUUUUUCGUUUACAUUUUUUCCCAAUAAGAUAUUAUAGAAGUUGAAACAGCAAAAUCGCCACGUUGAAAGUAUCAUUGUGUUGAAAGGGGAAAAGCGAGAGGAAGAAAAGCUAACCUCGUGAAACGCUUUGAAACGGCUGAUGAGUAGUUGAUUGUUUUGUAAAAUAAAUUGUUGAAAAGCUUCGUGAAAAGAAAACGAAAUCGAACAUUUGUUAUUUGUUUUUAAAACUUGUUAUGAAUUGCAAACAAAACGAGCAAACCUGAAACGAAGAGAGAUGAACUGUAAACCAACAAUAAAUGCAAGUUAGUCAACGUGUUCUUAAAGUAUAUUUAUAUGAAUGGAUUGUAGCAUAGCAAAGGGAGUGACAUUUAUAUUUUUACACACAAAGAAACGCCAGCAUCGGUUACCACCUGAAUAUUCAUAGCAAAAAAAGAAGCAAAACCUGUUGUAGUCAAUAACAAAUCUACAUUUCUCGAAACAAUUCAAACUCUUGAUGUUUACAACUCGUGCAUAGGACAAAGCAAACCAUGAGUUUCAUUUCGAUAUUAAACCGUAUAAUGUAAUGUUCCACGCCUACUAUUAACCGUAUCACAAUCUGUCAACUUGGAAAAUCCCCGUAAGCUGAAUGUGACAAACGUCAGAACAUGCUAAUAGCAACACGUCACAUCAAUUGCAGCGUGGCAUGUAUCCCCUUUCGAACGAAACGUGUAGAAAAUGUCAUCAGUCGUCAUACAUAAGCAUAGAAAUAACUGUAACAUUCUUCCAACUAGCAAAUUGGAUCGUACUAGGUCAGAAUCAUCAUAACUGCGUGUUGAUAGAGCGACAAAAAGCAGUCAAAUUUGACAUUUGCCGCAUAACGCGUAAUGUUAUUACACGAGAAUCGCAAAACCACUUACUCUAAACGGAAAAGGCAAUAAUAUCCACCUAUAACUGAAAAACUCAAAACAUUUCCUAAUUCGAUCAGAACCGUUGUUUUUUUUUCCUUUUUCUCUAUAAUCUAUACCAAAUAAUCAACUAGUGAACAAAAACAACCAAACAAAAAUGUAACUCAACGAAACAAAUGGAAAGCAAAAUUCUAACCCCACUUCUUUUCUUGAUAACUAACUCUAUCAUGUAUAGGAAAAACAAAUGAAUCAAAGCUAUCGUAUCAAUUUUAUCGUGACCAAAAUACAACCAAAAAAUCUUUAUCCUUUCUUAAUUCUCCUUUUCCCGUGCGAAAACUUCGAUUUCUUUUCACUAAUCUGUACAUUUCAAAAAUCGAACUCGCAUAAAUCCAUUUUUCUACGCUAUCCACUUACCUACCCUAAGAGAGAUCCAAAUCAAAAACGGCCAAAAAUGCACGAACCGACAUACCAACUUCUUAGAUUCCGAACCUACGCAUAGCGAAAAUCCUCGAAAAUGUUUCCUACCACUACUGUUAUCCUCGUAAGAACUUACUCCGAGGGUGGUUCCACCCCCGUCAAAAGAAAGUCUAUAUCUACAUAUAUUCAAGCUCUAUAGCGAAACAAAAGUCCAAGCCAACCAUACAAACACACAGACCCACAAAGUGUAGGCAGAGAAAAAGAAAACAAUUCGAAAAAGAACGACGAGGAAUAAAAGCAAAAACAAGUAACAAGAGAACUCGAAGAAGAAGAAGAAGUGUAUUUAAAGCUAGAAAAAAAAGUGUAUAUCGCGCGCGUGCCGAGCCCCACAGAGAACAGAACAAUGAAUAAACAAGUAUGAAAAACC